AUGUACCACUACUCCGUGACCUUCCCCGUGAUGCACCAUUACUACCCUGUGACCUUCCCCGUGAUGCACCACUACUCCGUGACCUUCCCCGUGAUGCACCAUUACUACCCUGUGACCUUCCCCGUGAUGCAGUACUAUACCGUGACCUUCCCUGUGAUGCAGUACUAUACCGUGACCUUCCCCGUGAUACAGUACUAUACCGUGACCUUCCCCGUGAUGCACCACUAUCCCGUGACCUUCCCUGUGAUGCACCACUACCCCGUGACCUUCCCCGUGAUGCACUACUACCCCGUGACCUUCCCCAUGAUGCACCACUACCCCGUGACCUUCCCCGUGAUGGCGAUGCACCACUACUCUGUGACCUUCCCCAUGAUGGUGAUGCACUACUACCCCGUGACCUUCCCCAUGAUGCACUACUAUCCCGUGACCUUCCCUGUGAUGCACCAUUACUACCCUGUGACCUUCCCCAUGAUGCAGUACUAUCCCGUGACCUUCCCCAUGAUGCACCACUAUCCCGUGACCUUCCCCGUGAUGCAGUACUAUACCGUGACCUUCCCCGUGAUGCACCACUAUCCCCCUGGACUUGAGGACAUGGCGGCUGGCAAUGGCACAGCAGUAACGGAAUUUGUUUUGCUGAGGUUCUCAGGUUUUGGUUCCCCUCGGGGCCCACUGUUUUGGGGAGCGGUUUGCAUCUACCUGGUCACCUUGCUGGGCAACUCCCUGGUCACCCUCCUCACGCUGGCAGACCCUGUCCUGCACUCCCCGUACUUCUUCCUUCACCACUUCUCCCUGGUGGAAAUCCUCUGCACCACAGCUAUCGUGCCUAGGAUGCGGGCUGACCUCCUUGCCUCCUGCCCCACCACCUCACCUGCCAGCUGCUUCACCCAGCUGUAUUUCUUUGCCAUCUUUGGCAUCGCUGAAUGCUGUUUGCUUACCGCCAUGGCCUAUGACCGCUACGCUGCCAUCUGUAGGCCACUGCAUUCUACCACCCUGAUGAACCGGAGGGCGUGUGCGGGUAUGGUGGGGGCCUCCUACCUCAUGGGGAUCCUCACGGGUACCACUCACUCCAUCUUCAUCUUCACUUUGCCCUUCUGUGGUGCCAACACCAUCCACCAGUUCCUGUGUGAUAUCCUGCCUGUGCUGAGGCUGGAUAGUGCCAGCACCUUCUGGGGUGACGUGGGCAAUCUUGCCAUCAUGACAGCCUUUAUCCUGACCCCCUUCUUACUGAUCAUAGCCUCCUAUGCCUGUAUCCUUGCCACCAUCCUUGGGGUCGCGACAUCGCAGGGACGUUGAAAAGUUUUCUCUAGUUCCUCCCACCUGUUUGUGGUCAUGCUCUUUUUUGGGACUGGGACUGUUGCCUAUAUGAGGCUUUGGGCAGGCUCCUCUCAGGACACGGACCAGAUACUUGCUCUCUUCUAUACAGUUGUCACUCUGGUGUUCAACCCUUUUGUCUACACUCUGAGGAACAAGGAGGUCACAGGGGCAAUGAGAUGCCUUAUGAAGAGAUACCUUUGGAGUCCUUGA